CCUAGAAGUAGGAAAGCUGAGGUGUUCUCCCGGACAAUCUGAGGUAUUGCGAUGAGAGACAUGGUGGAAGCAUGGCGCCCUCUAUGAUGCAAGAGGGUGUAGGGUGCUGCGGAGAUGUAAUUCGAUUUUCUUUUUAAGAGCUGGUUAUCGAAAACCCAAAAUGUCUGGUGCCUUGUUCGGGAACACUGCUGCUGGAAGCCGCCCCAGUGGUAAAAAUCUGGUGGAGUUUCGUGCCGGAAAAAUGCAGUUGAAAGGCAAGACUGUGACGCCGGACAAGCGAAAGGGACAAGUCUACGUGCACCAAUCCGACGACUCUUUGAUGCACUUCUGUUGGAAGGACCGAGGCACGGGCGUGGUUGAAGAUGACCUGAUCAUUUUCCCCGAUGAAUGCGAGUUCAAAUCUGUCUCACAAUGCACCACGGGUCGUGUCUUCAUUCUCAAGUUCAAGUCCUCGUCCAGGAAAUUCUUCUUUUGGAUGCAGGAGCCCAAGAAAGACAAAGACGACGAACACUGCAAGAAGGUGAACGAGAUGUUGAACAACCCCCCAGCACCGGGAUCCAGUGGAGGAGGGGGCCGGUCUGGGGCCGGGGGACUUCCACCAGAGCUAGCUGGACUCGGAGCUGCUUUAGGCGACGGGGGUCUGCAGAAUGUCCUGGGCAACAUGGACCACCAACAGUUGAUGCAACUGCUGAACAGUGGCGGCCUAGGAGGAGGUAUGGGGGGUCUGGGAGCUCUCGGAGGGCUGAUGGGAGCCGGUCGUCCUUCUAGCUCUCAAUCUGCUUCCUCGUCUGCAGCGCCAUCUCGUGCACAGUCUACUCCAGCUGUCCAUGCUCAAGAGACGACUCCCAGCGCCACUCAGCCCCGCCCGGCAACCACUACUACUACCCAAUCACAGGCGAGCACUACCAGCACUGCCACGCCCGCCACUGCUACUGCGGCAACGUCUCAGAAUCCGGCUAUUCAGCUGAGCGAUUUGCAGAGUAUUCUCAACACCAUGAAUAUUCCAGCUCCUACUGACGCUGGCAAAGCAGAAGCAGCUGCCCAACCUCCAGUGGACUUGACCAAGGUCUUGACCUCGGAGGCCAUGGCACCAAUCCUGGCCAAGCCCGAGGUGCAGGAGAAGCUGAUUCCAUUCUUGCCGGAGGGGGAGUCCCUACCCAAGGACCCGGAGCAGCUCAGACAGACCCUGCAAUCCCCUCAGUUCAAACAGGCUCUGCUAAUGUUUACUGCAGCCUUCCAGUCCGGUCAGCUCGGACCUCUGAUGGGCCAGUUUGGUCUGGUGGCAGAGGCUACAGACGCAGCAAAUCGGGGAGAUCUGGAGGCAUUCGGCAAAGCUCUUCAGAAACAAACCGGAGGCGCAAAGGAGAAGAAAGAUGAAAAACCGGGCGAGGACGAAGAAGGAAUGAACCUAGACUAGAACGUCA